GAACAGUUGGGCUGAAAUCACGUCGGAGUGAGACCUCUCCGCGCUCCUCUCAGAUCUUCGUCCGUCUUGCAUGGCGGUGAUCCUCAGGCGAGUUGCGGCAGGAACACGGAAUAUUGCAAUCAGCGGAUCUGUGGGAAGGUUGCUUGCAGCUGACCACACUUCAGUUCUUAAAGGAAGAGCACCGACCCACAGACACUACACUUCGACUGUUUCACACUCCGUGACCACAGGCUCCACGAUGAGUAAAAAGCUGCUGGUAGACGUAGACUGUGGUGUGGACGAUGCUCAGGCCAUCAUGUUGGCGCUGGCCGCCCCCAACGUGGAGCUCCUGGGCAUCACCUGUGUGCAUGGAAACACCACAGUGGAGAAUGUGUGUAAGAACACACUGCGCGUUCUGCAAGCCUGUAAUAAACUCGAGAUCCCGGUGUUUAAAGGUGCUGCGGCGUCGAUCCUAGGAAACAACCUCAGUGCGGGACACUUCCACGGGCAUGACGGGCUCGGAGACGCCCCGGACCCCGACGCUCCUGGUCUGGACCAGGUUCAGAAGGAGAGCGCUUUGUCCGCUAUGGUCAGGAUCAUCAAUGAGAACCCAGGAGAGGUAUCUCUGGUUGCCACGGCACCGCUCACCAACCUGGCUCUGGCUGUGAGGAUUGAUCCGUCGCUACCGAGUAAACUCCGAGGGCUCUACAUCAUGGGAGGCAACACGGAAUCUCGAGGAAACGUCACAGCGUGCGCCGAGUUCAAUUUUGCUGCUGAUCCAGAAGCAGCUUACGUUGUGCUGAAUGAGUACCAGUGUCCCAUAUACUUGGCUUGCUGGGAGUUUACCUGCUACAGCAAGCUGUCCUGGGAGUUUUGCGACGCCUGGUUGGCACAGGACACCGAUAAAGCUCGCUUCAUGGCGCGGAUCUUCCGUUACAGCAUGGAGGCAUCGAAGACCGAGAGGUUUGAAAAAGAGUCGGUCGCCGGCAGCGGUUUCAUUUCGUGCGACUCAUACGCCAUGGCAGCCGCUGUGGAUGAUGCGUUCAUAAUGGAAAGCGACCAGUAUCCAGUUAGCGUGGAGCUGACGGGCACACACACCAGAGGCAUGAUGGUAGUGGACACCGUGGGCUUCACGAAGAAGUCAUGCACGGCCUUCAUCAUGAAGAAGGUGGAUAUGGAGAAGUUCAAGCAGAUGAUGAUGGCCGCUUUGAAGUGACCGCUCCGAGUGGGCAGGAGCGACCGUACCUAGAAUUAGACUAAUGUAAAACUGUAUAACUGACUGCAUAUUGUAACUUAGCACAAUCUUAAGUUGUAAAAGACCAGACUAUUUUUGAUGUUUUUACAUUUAUGUAUACUUAAUUUGUAUGAUGACGCCGUGAUAAUUUUUUUUUAAUACAAUGCAUAUCUUAUAAUUUGGCCAGGUCUUUUUUUAUUAUAUAAUAGUGACACAUUAACAUUUUGAUAUAAAGUCUUUUUUUUAUUGAUUUUUACUGUUUUUAAUAUCUUAAACACGCAUUCAUUCGUCAAAAAAUAAUAAAAUACAUUAACAGAAGGAAAAUCUAAAUGCUUGACGCCCCUGUCAGUGACAGUCUGUUUUUUUUCUUCUCCCAGCGCUGCAUUUUACUGAUGAGUUGGUAUCCUGUUGAGUGACAGUGUGCGUUGGUCUUUUAUGUUUGGUUGUCAUUUGAUGCCUGCUCGCUUGAAGUACUUCCUUCCGAUGAGGUUUUUAAGCCGCACAUGCACCGAGCCCCGAACAGCACCCCAAGUAUUUACAGCUGAACCUCCAGUAUUCGCUCAACCACUUGGCAACAUCAGCGUUACAUUGGUUUCUCAAUAUCCUUUCCUUCCUCUGAAUCUUGACCUUGUGUCCAGCUGUAAAAAGACAGAGACAGGUCAGUCUUCCCUUAAAAAACUAAUACUGUAUCAUCUUUCUACUAGACUAAAUAUGAUUUAAUUGAAAGAGACAUGGAAGAACUACACAGUCAUUGGUUUUGAAAACAUAACAUCUGCUUUACUUAUGAAAAACAUCUUGUAUUAGUAUAUCACAACUAUCCUAAUUUCCCCAUCUAUCUUUGGGGUCUAAUGGGCCAGUCUUAAAGGGACUAUCUCUGUGGUAACAAGACACUGGCAAUUUAGACGCCAACUAGAGUCUUGUUGCACUAAUCCUUUCGCAACAGCAGCACAAUUACCCCCUGACUUACCAUUGACCUCUUGCACUCAAAGAAGGACGUCUGCAGGGCCUUGCAGUGGCCCUCCUUCAAACACUCACUGGGCAGCUUCCCCUCCUGACAAAUUAAGAAGACAGUUGCAAAUGUUUGAUCUGAAAUCUCUGUGUUUUAAUAACGCUGACUAGACCAUAAACUGUAUAUAAAUAUGGACGACUCCUUAAAAGGGAAGCCAAGUCAUCCUCAUCGCCCCCUGGUGGCUGGCUGAAGUAGAGGUCAAAAACCUCACCACCUCCAUGUUUGCAGAUGGGACAUAGACCUAUUUUUAAAAAGUCCACAUUAAAUAAAAAUUUGUCUAAGAUG